AUUUUGAUUUCGGAAUUUCGCGUCGCAGCAAUAAUAUAAUGGAAGAAAAUAAUCAAAAUCCUGAAGUGGAGAUAUCUGCGAAGAAAAGAAAGACCAGAUUGACCAAGGCCACAAAGCAGCGCGUUCUGAAGUAUUUGGAAAAGACUGGAUUCUCGCGGGAGAACCUGAAGCGGGCCACGGAAGGUGAAAAAGACGCCGAGGCGAUAAUUGAGUACAUGGUUAAAAGUUGUGAAGAAGCAGAGGCGAAGGUGGAGCGCGAAUGCGAUUCGUUGAGUCUCAACAACAUCAACCAGUGGCUGGAGCUGAUGAAGUCCACGCAGUUGUCCGAACGCUGUGAGUACGAGGCAGCCGCCGUUGUCAACUCCAUACUGCUCAACGAGCGGCAGCCAUUGCCGGCGAAGAUGAAUGGCAUCGACUUGAAAGCGGCCUAUAAAUUCUUGGGCAACGCACUGAUGGGACAGCCCCAGGAGCAAAUGAGUGAAGCAACCAAAGCCUUCCUGUCCCGAGAAAUAGAGCUCCUGAUAGCCGAGGCCAACACAGAUGAAUCGGACGAGGCGGCCCGAGACAUGGGGCAGCGCCAGUACAAUUGCACGGAGUACGACUAUCAGGCACAGCCACACAAGUGCAGCCUGGACCCGCUCUUCCAGGACGAAUGGAAAACAUAGAUGCUAAUUGUUGAUUUCCACACAUUUAUUAAACAUUUAAAUUCAAUUGUUUUUGUUUUUUUUAUACACGUACACAUACUCCUUGCCCCAUUCCAACAUUAAAUCCAACUAACCCACAUGAUUAUACAUGUGUAUGCGUAUACCUAACCAUUGUACGAGUACGCAUAGAUACAUAUUAGUUAAUUACACCCAUAAUUAAGUACUUUACUAUAAACAGUUGAAGCACAUUUAAAAUC